AUGCAAGAAUUAAACCAACGAAAACUGCAAACGAAAACUUUUUAUAUCAAUUUUGGGUAAAUUUGCGGCAUACAAAGCAAGGUCUGUGCAAUGAUUAUCGUGCCCAUCGACCUGGAGCCCGGUUUCCGGAAAGCAGACAUUCACAAUAUCCCCGCUGUUAGCAUCGAAAUGGUUUUCAAUUUUGCGACCGGCAGAAGUAAACAAUUGUCAGCCAAUCAAAACGACUUAUUAGUCGAUUAUGUACAAAUACGAAAACAGGCGGACAGCUGCGAACUAACCGCACUAGUGUUUUCAGCAUCGGACUUUGCUAACACCGAGUCGCACGCCAAUAUCGCCCUCAAGGUCAUGGAAAGUUCGGAGAGUAUAGAAGACUGUCGGUGCAGCCAAUGCCCCAACACCGCAACGUGCAAGCACAUCAUCACCUUCAUAUUUUGGUUGCAUUACAAGACGAAAGAUCGCCACCCAACUGCGUUUGUUGAUUUCUGGGGUCAAGAGCUUGAAAUGCUAGUGUAUGCAGAGCAAUCGAAGCCGAUUCGAAUGCGCGAUUUGGUUCCUAGCGACGAGGCACGAUUGGAAGCUGACUUAGAAUUGGACGAAACAAGCAACAUUGAUGGACAGGCAUUUCUGGAUGCAGUGCUCGAAGAUCUUGAUUCUACGGGCGCACGGGAUUCCGCUCUUUAUCGCCAAUGUGUUGAGGCAAUAGACGAAUUCGAGCCCAUAUUUGUUCAUCAUGUUCUUUUAAACAAUGUCGAAUAUAACAUAGUCGAUUUGAACAGUUUUGUGCAGCACAUGGAGACACAGGCGCAAAACGGUUUGUUUGACAACAUCAAUGAAGUAACCAAGAACAUGUAUAAGUCUCAAUUGUGGGUAGAGGUUCAAUACAUGCGUAUUCGAUGCUCUCUCGUACAUAUGAUUGUGUCACGUAAAACGCCGCAAGAAGAUGAGGAAAUCUUUAAUAUUCUAUUUUGUAAGGGACGCGACCAGAGCACAGAAGAACGACUUCAGCAGAAACAACACAAACGUUUCAUAUUAAAGCAAACAGAAAAACUAGAGAAAAAAGAAUAUUUCGAAUGCGGCCUAUUGUUACAUGAAAGCUACCCCUAUCUGUGUGCAGCACCUGAUGGUAUAACGGAUGAUCAUAUAGUGGAAAUCAAAGCACCAAAAACUGAAGAAGACUUCGAGAAAUAUCUUGAGGCCCGAGAAUCCAUUGCUCCUAAGUAUAUGGCUCAGAUACAAAUACAAAUGUUCCUGGCGAAUGUUAAAAAGGCCCUAUAUUGCGUAUUGAGCCCCACAUUUGAUACAAACGGCGCGCUGCAUUACGUUUGGGUGCAGGCUGACCCUGAAUUUGUUUCCAGUUUGUUGAGCAUGGCUGAAGACUUCUGGAAAGAUGUCGUCUUCCCGCGCCUCCUAAAUAUAUACCCUCAAAGGCUAUCAUAACAUUUAAUUAAGGAAGGAACAAACCAAAUAUAUUAAUUACUGAACUUACCUUUUGCGAAUAUUUGCAAUGAUAUCACAGCCUUGGCCUCACCAUGGCAAUUGUUGGCAAUCACUGAAUAUGUGCCGGUGAAGUCUAAUUUCGCACUUGGAAUCUCUAGGCGAUACUCAGGACCGUCUCCAAUGCGUUUAAAGUGUGGCGCGUCUUUGUAGUACUCCGGCUGUA